AUGAAGGACGAGAACAAAUUGGUGACGCAGCAAAAAGAGCUACUUUCGGGCGAACAGCCCGAGCUGAGUGGUCAUUCUCCUGCAACGGAGCCGCCUAUCCCCGCUACCGAUGCAUCAUCAUCAUCGCGAUUGGCGAUCAGCAAUAAACCGCGGGUAGAUGCCGAGACGCUCGCCAUCCACGCCGCCGUCGCCGCCGGAGACGUCUCCUCGGUAGAGGCUUACAUCGCCCGAAACGCCGACAAGAUUCUCAAGUUCAGGAGACCGAGUGCGACGGCAACAACAGCGCUGGUGCCGCCUACCUCCGGCAUCGCCGCGUUGCUCGUUGACCCAGCUGCGCCGAAGAGCGACGCGGACAGCGGCGGCGUGUCGCCCCUGGAGGUGGUGAACCUGCGAGGCAGAACGCCGCUGCACACGGCGUGCGUUGGGGGCCACAUCCGGGUGGUUGAGGUCCUCCUAGCUGCGGGGGCUGACGCGAACGCUUUCGACAACGCCGGGUUCUCCCCUCUACACCGGUGCGCUCAGUCCAGUGACCUACACUCCGCACGAGCCCUAUUAGACCGCAACAAAGGGAGUGGUGGUCGAGGAGGCACCUCUCCUGCCGCUGGAGAUGCCUCUGCCGUUGCUUGCGCGAACUCCGACGUCGAUGUCCCUACGAGAAGAGGCGACUACCGAGCAAUCCACCUCGCCUGCUACGCGGGGUCGGCCGACAUGGUCAGCCUCUUGGCCCGGAGGGGCGCCGACGUAUCAGCCGGCGACAAGUGGGGGGCGUCUCCGCUGCACCGGGCGUGCCUCGAGGGGCAUCUGGAGGCCUCGCGCGCUGUUCUCGAUGCGGGGGCCGAGGUAGACUCUAGAGACAGCUGGAAGACCACGCCGUUGCAUCGCGCGUGCCACAGCGGACAUGCGGACAUCGUGGACCUCCUUCUGCGGAGAGGAGCGGCCACGUCAGCAAAGGACGACAUUUUGCAACGUCCUGGACAGAGCUUUGACAAUGACGUUCCGAGCGAACGGCGGCAGGUGAUCGCCGCCCUGCUGAAGGAAAGCGAGAAGGCUCGCAGCACUUCCAACGGUAUUGGUGCCGUCGGAAACACGCCAUGGCCGGGCGCCGGCGCUUGGAGCCGAGCUCGAAACAACACCGACCCAAUCCAAGGCAAGGAGCGAAGCCCGAGUCGUUACAUCCCGCCGGCUGCCCGGGCCGCAGCGGCAGCGGCGGCAGCGGCGGCAGCGGCGGAGGAAGAGGCGGCGGCGGCGGCGGCGGCGUCCGGGCCUUCCGAUAGCGCCGGCGGGGGGGAUCGCGACACCCCCGCGUUAAAGACUACCACCAGCGCGGUCCAGCCUUGGCGCAGAAAAACGUCGACCUGGACGGGACUCUCCGAGGACCGAGGCCCUGACGUGGAUAUUGAUGGAGUUGGUCGUUCGGAUGGCAUUUCCGCCGCAGCGUCCGUCGGGAGGGAAGGCGGGGAGGGCCAUGGAAAAUUCGGAGACGGUUCUGCGCAAGCGGGGAGUGGGCCAGGACACGAGGAGGAGGAGGAAGAGGAAGAUGACGAGGAUUUCGAUAACGAAAUCUUUGAGCUAGAGGUGGUUGGGGUUAGGGACGGGGCGGGGUCGGAAACUGGGCUGAGUGAUUGUCAUCCUACCACCGACUGGGGGCUUCGUUCAUUUGACGGUGCCCCAAAGACGGCCUUCCCAAGCUACCACAAUUGAGAGACCCCACCGGUGUGGUUUGAUGCGCCGGAGCCUCUCUCGGACUGCCGGACAGAAUUUUGGGUUCGACUUAGGCCGAUAUCUGUGGCUCCACCAAAUCGGGACAUGUUUUGCGGCAUCGAUUGGACGAGAGUGCCGGCGGGCGCUAGCUGGACAUGUUGACGCAUGGUGUGGUUUGUUUUUGGUGCAAUCUCAGUGCUGCACGAUCGCCGUACGCUUCUCGGCGGACGUAUCGAAGUACCGGGGGCACAAACAAUUUUGACUAUGCUGAGAAACUCUGGCCAAUCCGUACGCAGAGGCUCGUUCGGUUCGGCUACAACGUAUUUGCUUGAUUGUGGUGGGGGCUAUCUUUGCCCUCCCGCUGUACACGCGGUAUCAUGGCGUUAGAGCCGCAGCCAUUAGGCAGCUGCUUGCGCUGUUUCGUGCCGCGUAGAUACGAAGACCCUUUGCCGUUGUUUUACUGUAAUGAUGGGCCUCCAGGGAGAGAAAAGCGCAUUUGCUUGCGUAUUAGCGUGUUCGUGUUUGCCGAGGCAACCGGACCGAACUGUGUGGAGGGGGCGGUUGCGUGACCAUCGCAUUUGCUUGCUCCACCUCCGUUGAGCCUCCCUCUUCCUUGCAAGGUGUGGUGUGAUAUACCGCUGUCAGUUUCGGGGUGCAGCGGUAUCGCCGUCAAUGUGCGUGAUGUGAUUCGUGGCGUGGAUGGAGCUUUGUGUUGUUUGCCGUGCCGUCUGUUACAGACCCUGUGCUGUGCAAUGUAUAAUGCGAAUGUGGUGCGGUU